AUGGCAACGGCGCGACAACGCCGCAGAGUUGCUCGCAUGGCACUAUCCCCGAAUGUCGCCAAACAGAAUUUGGAUAAGCCACGCCGUGGGAGAAGCCAGGACGGACCCUUCGCAGGAAUGAAUCAGACAAGAGCACGUAUUCCAGAUGCCCCACGGCCCCGAUCCCAAGCCGCCCUCAAGCGAUCCGGCGAAGACCCCAAGACCAAAAAGGCCGAAAGUCCAUUGUAUAAAGCUCUCAAAAUGCAAACGUCUUUAUCUCCCAUUACCUAUAGCCGCCGCACUGCCAUCAAAUCGAAGAUUGCAAACAUCACUAGCUUCGACCAUUUCCCGCUGUUGCCCACGAUUCGCCAGUCGAUCUUCACGCAGGCCCUUCCUGGCCUGGUGGACGCCACUCCUACACCUAUCCAGCGACUCGCGAUCCCUCAGCUCCUAGAUAACAAACCGAAAACGAGGAAGUCCGUCCCCAAGGGAACAGAAGACACCCUCGAAUGCGAAAAAUACCUGCUAGCGGCUGAAACGGGCUCGGGCAAAACGCUUGCAUAUCUCUUGCCAGUCGUGGACGCCGUCAAGCGGUCGGAGGCCGUAGAGGCCGAGGAACAAAAGAUCGCUGAACAAGAAAAAGCGAAAGAAAGGGAAGAGAGGUUGAAAAACCGAACCUUCGAGCUUGAACCGGAAGAGCCCCCUAUGACCAACGCUGGCCGGCCCAAGGCUAUCAUCCUUGUUCCAACAUCCGAGCUCGUCGCUCAGGUCGGAGCAAAGGUGAAAGCGCUUGGCCACACUGUCAAGUUCCGGUCUGGAGUCAUUUCGUCGAAUCUCACCCCUCGUCGCAUCAAAAAUACCUUGUUCCACCCUGAUGGCAUUGAUGUUCUAGUAUCGACACCCCAUCUUCUGGCUUCCAUCGCGAAAACGAACCCUUAUGUCCUCAGCCGGGUUAGCCACCUCGUCCUUGACGAAGCUGACUCUCUAAUGGAUCGUUCGUUCCUCCCUACUACGAUGGAAGUUGUGGACAAAGCGGCUUCCUCGCUCAAGAAAAUGAUUUUCUGCUCGGCGACCAUCCCCGAACUGAGGAAGCGGUAUCCCGAUCUCCGAAGACUUACCACUCCCAACCUGCACGCCAUUCCUCGUCGAGUACAGCUGGGCGUUGUAGAUAUUGAUAAAGAGCCUUAUCGUGGAAACCGCAAUCUGGCCUGUGCAGAUGUGAUCUGGUCGAUUGGAAAAGCUGGCGAAUCUAGCGACGGCGAAGACUAUGGCACUCUUGCAUCCUACAUGCCUCCGAAGGUCAAGAAAAUUCUUGUCUUCGUCAACGAGCGUGAUGAAGCCGAGGAGGUCGCUAAGUUCCUGGCGUCCAAGGGUAUCGACGCUGUGUCCUUGUCGCGUGACUCCGGUUCCCGUAAGCAAGAAGAGAUUCUCGCCGACUUCACGGAGGUCGACCAACCACCGACCGCUGAAGAAGUUACGCUUGCUCGGAAGCAGGCUCGUUCCGAAAAGUCAAUCCCAUUUGUCAUGUCCGAGAAGAAGCCUGCGGUGGUUCGUCACCUCGAAAAUACCAAAGUCCUGGUCACUACAGAUAUUGCCUCCAGAGGUAUUGAUACUCUGGCUGUGAAGACUGUCGUGCUCUACCACGUCCCUCACACAACGAUCGACUUCAUCCACCGCCUGGGUCGUCUCGGUCGCAUGGGCAAGCGUGGCCGUGGUGUUGUUCUUGUUGGCAAGAAAGAUCGGAAGGAUGUUGUGCGUGAGGUUCGCGAGGGCAUGUUCCGUGGACAGGCACUGAUAUGA